AUGGUGAAACUCACGGAAAACCUUCAAAGAUCCUUGCAGAAUCGGAGUGUGCUGGAGGCGAAGAUGGCCGAGUUGCGUCCAGCACAGCAAAAUCACCUUCUUCGCAGGAGAGCAGCGGAGGAAAAUGCUUGGAAACUCUUACGCGAUACGCAGUUGCAUGAUGAGGAGUUAUGUGACCUGCAGAAAGCUCUGAAAGCAAAGUGCGAGGAGAAGGAGUCCAUCCCUGGGCUGGAGAAGCGGCUGCAUGAACUGCAGCAGCAACGUGAGGAGCUCACGCGACUUUCCCAGGAGGCAUCUCGCGACGCCCGGGAGGCAGCAACCUUAGAGGCUGAGGCGACACAGCUGAAAGCCAAGGCCACUGAAGAGGUUCAGCGAGAACUGGCUUUGGAUCGAGCCCUCUUGGCACGCAGAACUUCUUUGCAGUGCCGCAUCUUCAGAGCCCUGGCAGAGUAUGCAGCUGGGAUGCAGAAAUACGAUGAAUUUGGAGCUAGAAUGGCUGAAUGGCUAUUUCAGGUUUGGGAGCACAAACGCGAGGAAGAGGAGGAACGACGGAGGCUCCAGAGCUGGUUCUGCAGCAAAGGUCCCCAGUUCCUUGGUGCCUGGCACGCCCGCGCCGCGAAGCUCCUCUCCCUGCGCCGCACCUUGGAUGUGGCAGAUGUGGCGCAGCUGCAAGUGGCGUUCCAACAGUGGGCCGAGGUCUUUGAGGAGGAGCGCCUCUGGAGCCGUUUCGCGCUUCGCGUAACGCAAUGGCGUCGAAGGCAUCUACGACGAGUCGGCCUUGUGCUGUGGAGAGCUGGUGUCAAGCAGAGCAAACGACAGGACUUAUGGCCUCACCAUCGGAUAUUGCUGUCGAAAGUGCUGCAGAAGUGGCACGAGGUCUCCCUGGCUGCUCUUCAUCUUUGCGAACGCCUCACCUGGGCUGAGACGCACUUUCUGGUGAUGCAGCUGUCGUUUCAGAGGGCCGUUCUUCGCCGCUGGCAGCUGCAGUGUCAGGAAACGGCCAAACGUGCAAAGAGGCUGAAAGAUCACUGCAAGUUUCAACAACGAAAGAAAAAUCUUCGGUCCUGGCGCACACUUUGGCUUUUCCACGGCGCUUUUCGAGGGCCGCUCCGGCCACUCUUCCGACGCUGCCUGAGAAGGGCCUUUCGGGCCUUCCAACUGAAUCUGCUGCUGGCGUCCGUCGCCCUGCACAACGCUCGACGACGUCUCCGACGCUCCUUCGAUGCCUUGCAACGGCAAGGGCGCCAGGACAAGCCGGUCCAGACCCGCCCACGAAGAGUCAUGGUUGUUUGGGGAUGGUGGCGAUUUCUGGCAAAGCAGUCCCGACAACUGAAAGCUCGCCGAGAGAAGUGGAAAAGAUUCCUCUUACAGAAGAGGCUACAGCACUGGCAUCGAUUUGUAGAGAUCCGCAAGCGGACCAAACGCGAUGCUUGGAGAACGUUUCGCAACAUCUGCAGCAGCAGGAGGCGGAGGCGCUUGCUGCUUGAAGGCUUCCAGGGACGGCGCAAAAACCAUGACCUCCACCGGAGCUUCAUGGCCUUCCUGAUCUGCUGGGAAAGAGCUGCAAGACAAAGGCGUCAAUCGAUGCAUUGCGCUGAAGAGGAGUGCCAAGCAUUGGCGGAGCGCUUGCAGCUAGCAGAGCGGCAGACUCAAGAGCUGCAGGACGUGCAGGAAUGCAGGGAGCUUCUAUGA